ACUCUUGGAUGUUAUGGCGGAUGGUGUCCACGUGGGGUAACAAAAACAUGUUUUAAUUAUUUUGUAAUUUGCAUAAACAACGCUUUUCAUAUUCAGAAAGGUUUAAGGGAAAGGUCUGCGUUUGUAAGAGGUUACCAAAAACAGACAGCAAUUAAUUAGCACUUGAAUACCUGGUGCAUUGGCUUUAUUGAGCUUCAACAGAAAGGAAACAGCCUGGAUUUUGCUACAGCUACCACUGCAUCAAAGGUUUCUUCUGGUAGUGGUCUCAAAGAACUUGAGUCUGCAGUUUAUAAAAAAGUAUCUGCUUAAAAGGUGCUUACUAAAGCAUUGUGUGGUCAUGGGUUCAUCUGAAGGUCAUUCUACACAGAUGACAACCAUGACAGUUACAAACAUGUCUUCAGACAAAACUUGUUUGUGCUUAUUAAAUACAGAACCUGAAAAAUAUGACAGCUGUCAUUGCAAAAAAAUAACUUGGGAUGGUGCCUCUUUUAAAACCACUGAUAAAAUGGAAAAAUCAAUGAUAAAUCUAAUGCAUGAUGUAGCCAAUAUGCAGCUGGCAUCCUUACAAGAGAAAGAUUAUCAAAUUACUUACAAACAGGACAGUCAAAGUGAGAUGGAGCCAAAACAUUGUGCUGAAAAAAGGUAUGUCAAAAAUUAGAGAAACAAGCCAAUGAGAAUGAUUCACAGUUUUCAACUUUACAGAAAAUGGUCAAAUCUUUUGGAGAAGAAGAAGUAAAUACUUUGUUUCACAUACCAACAACAGCUUCUAGUUCUCUGAAUUCUGAUAAUCACACAGACCUGCAUAAAGAUCGCUGCAUCAAAGAAACCAAUUCAAUUUGUACUGUAACAUUAAGUGAUGUGUGUGAAGUACCAUCUACUGUGUCACCAAGUAUUAAUGAAGAUGCUGGCAUUUGUAUGGAAAUUCUAGGCCAUAAUGGCAAAAUUAAUUCAGAUUUAUACAGUGACUCAAAUUGCACAGUGACUAAUAAUAAAAUAGAUUUAUCUUCCACUCCCAUUAUUGUAACUAGAGAGACCAAUGAAUUUGGAGGUAUAAGCAGCCAUGUUUGUACUGAACCCUUGGUUUUAGAUGAUACUAGACAUCUGAAUCAUGCAGUGAGAAUGACAGACAGUCCUCAUCAUGGGGCUUUUUCUGAUGCUCAGAGUGAGCACUCAAGUGAUAGUGGAAAAGGUGGAAGUGACAUUCAGCCAAGUUCAGAACUUCCUAAUCCUAAGGGGGAUGAAUACAGUCUUAUCUAUGAGUUUGAGAUCCCACAAGAGCUCUGUGGGCGUCUGAUUGGACGUCAGGGUAAACAUGUGAAAUACAUCAAAAAUUGUUCCAAUGCUAGUGUGCUUAUAAAGAGGCAUCCUUUCAGCAAGGACUUCAAACUUUGUGGUGUUGAAGGUACUUCAGAAGAAAUCCGCAAUGCUCUGCAGCUUAUCAGGAAACGGUUUCCUACUAGUCGGUUUUCGUCCCUGACAUUAGCCCAGGUGAACAUUCCUAUCACACAUGGUGUUCCAAUACCACAUACGUUACAGCUCCACCUGCCAGAAGGUGUGUCUUGUGAUGUUAUUUUGUCCAGCAUGGUCAAUGCUGGCCACUUCUUCCUCCAACAACCCACACAUCCCACUUAUACGUCACUGAGUAGACUCGAUCAGUGUAUGGUAACUUGUUAUGCUCAGACAGAAACUCCAACACUACCAUAUCCCGUUGAAGCUGGUGUUAUCUGUGCUGCUCCUGUCAUGGAUGGUUGGUUUCGUGCACAGAUUGUGCAUGUUUAUGACGGUAUGGAAGAAUGUGAUGUCAAAUUUGUGGAUUAUGGAGGAUAUUCCUGCUUACCUGUUGCAUCUCUCAGACAGAUUCGGAGUGAUUUUAUGACAUUACCUUUCCAAGCGGCCGAGUUCUAUCUUGCAAGUGUAAAACCUGUUGAUGAAGAACUUGGCUGGUCAGUGGAAGCUUGUGCUGCUUUUGAAGAAAUGGCUCAAGGACAUAUCCUUCAAGCACUGAUUGUAGCUUUUGCUGAUGAUGGUAUUCCUUGUGUUCAUCUUUAUCGUGUGCAAGGUGUUUCAGUUGUUUUCAUCAACCGAGAACUAGUGAACCAAGGAUUAGCAAGUUGGAUAAAUCUUCAAGUUUAAAUCAGUCUUCUGUUAUUUGGUCUGUUUUAUUAUUUCAUUGUUUUAUGUAUUGUUUGUUACAAAGUGUGUAAGUAGGCUGUAGAAUGUCUUUUCAAAGCUGAAGUUUUUCAUUUUUAUGGGUCAGGACAUUACUGUGAAGGAUGGCUGUUGAUAAAUGGAUAUGAUUAUAUAUAUUACAUGUUUAUUAAUUAUGGUGUUCUGAGUUACAAUAUGUAACAGUGAUUAAUGUAUUGAUGAUGUUUAUUUUGUAAACUUACUCUGUAUUUAUGAACUGUCGAGGGUAUAAUAUAGUUAUAUUUUAGAAGAGGCCAUUACCCUAAUCUUUUUCAGUGAUAGGAGAAUUUUUUAUUUCAGUGUGUGGUUGCUUCCAUGUUGAACAUUUGGUAUAAAGUAUGCAAUUAUAAUUAAAAUUUAAACUGACCCUUUAUAGUGAGUGUUUUCCAACCUAACUUACUAAUUGAAUUGUUUCACAGUAGUUGAGUAUUUCAUUUAACCUUUUUUUUGUUCCUACUAGUUGAGUAGCUUUCUAAUUUCUUAUUGUGAUACUGAUGACAUUUUCAAAUAGCUUGUCGUUGUUUCAUUAAAUAUUUGAAAAAAACUACUAAUUUUUGAAAGAAAAUACUGAAGGAUUGUAAUAGAAUGUUGUAGGAUAUUAUCAUUUGUUUAAAAAUAAAUUGCAAUUAAUUAAUAAUUCAGUUUCUUAAUAAUUGCUGAUAAAGUGUAUUUUUACAUUUACAAGAAAAGAAUAAACACACAUGCACAUAUAUAUAAUUUUUUUUAUUUGAUUUAUUAAAGUUGGGGGUUAGUUUUCCAUUCUUGUAGUUUAUCUAUUUGAAUUUUUUAAAAUCUUAUUGUAAAAAACAGUGAUUUUGAGGUUUUGGACAUUGUUUGCAUAAUAUGAAAUUUUAACAGGAAACACAAAACCAGUGGUUAAACGUUGAAAAGAUUAGUUUGUGACUUAUUUUUACCUUCAUUUAAAUUUAGAAUGUUUAACAGCAGCAUAAAAUGUAUAUAUUGAUGUUAAAAGGAAUUCUUCCUGCAAGUUGCCUUUAGUAACACUUACAAUAUUCCAUCUACUAAAAACAAUUAUCCUUUCAGCUGUUAGUUGUUUUGAAAAUAGAAUGGAGCUAUUAAAUGAAUAAUUCAUUAAUUUUGUCGGCAUGAUGCAUUAAAAAUUGUAAUAUUUGUUCUAAUCUUAGACUUCAUGUUGUGAUUGAUAAACUGGCAUGAUGAAUUUGUUUUUGUACUAAACCUUUCCUAUUUACUAUAAUUUAUAACAAAUAACAUCCUACAUUGUUGUGAUAGUGUUGGAACUUCUGCAUUUGGCAUUCUCUGUAACUUUUGAAAUAUUUAUUCUUGUUUGUUACUCUUCAGCUUUAUUUACUAGAAACUAUAUAUUAAAGUAACUGUUUUAUUAUGUAUUGUAGAUUUUCAGAUACAGUUAUCCUAAACACUCAGGGCUUCACUGUUCUAUUUGAUAGUCCAUCAAUAGUUCAUGGCUUCUGUGUGUAGUAUUUCAUAUGCAAGUGUAAUUUGUGUAAUUGUGCAUUGUCAGUGUUUCUUUGAGUACUUCUUAAUAUUUCUGGUUUUUUUAUAUACAAGUCUUAAGUGGUUUUACAGAUUUAUUUGCUUUUAGGUAAUUACUUAAUGUUAAUUUUGUGUUUAUAUGGUACCUUUAGGUUAUAGAUAUAGUGAAUGAGUGACACAAGAAAUUUUUUAAACUUAUAAUACAUGUGUCAUUAAAAUAGGUUACAAAAACAGAAGCAGUAGAAUUUUUAGUUUGUUUGAAACUCAGAAAUAUACCUUGUAGAAUGAUCUGAGAAUGAGUGUACUAUUUUAUUAAAGAUAUGUGUGUUUAUAUCUGUAAAUUGAAGAAUUUUGUCUGAACACUGAGCCAACUUUUCCAUUUAAGUAUGAGUUUAGCAAUCAAAAGUAUUUUCAACAACAAUUUAAGUUACUUUUCACUCAUUUGGGUAAUUGUUUUACACUUAAAACCCAAGCAUUUUCUUAACUAACCUCCAUCUAAUUCAUUUUCAAGUGUUUAAAGGGGAAAGAAAUCAGAAUAUUUUUUCAGUAGCUUUUUUCUUGUUUUGACCCACUAUGUGGAAUUAAAAAAUUGCACAACCUCCCAUAUGUAUAAAUGUCAUAUAGAAAACCUGUUAUAAAAUGUUGUGUUUACUUACGAUAACAUACAUUUGAAUAAUCUACAGAGUACACCAAGUAAUAUUCAAAGUGUUCUCUUUUACUGUAAA